CUCAGCGAGCGCGGCGGAAGGGCCGCUAUGAGUAGGAGCCAGCAACGCACCAGCCUCGAGCAACGCGAUUUACAGGCAUAUGAUGGCAAGCUCCCAGAGAUCUCAUGUGUUCCAAAAUGGCAAACAGCCAAGUUAAAAGUAUUUCUAGAAUAUGUGUCUGCAUAUGGCUUGAGCGAUUCCAGUGAAAAUACUGCAAUGCCACGCCUUUCUCAGGGUAUGGAGAAAUAUCCUGCAAUACCAAACCCCUUUCCUGUUGUACAAAAGACACAAAGUGGUGCUAAUAAAUUUCCAAACAGCUCUGAUAGUAAUGAAGAUUCCAGUUUGCCACCUUUAUACUUGCUUCCAUCUGUUCCACGCCAAAGUUUUUUUGACGGCUACUACAAAAGCAGGGAAGACAUUGCCAUGGGAAACGCAGACAGAAAACGAGUGCCUCAGAUAACAGCACCCCUGAAGAAUUCUGAACUACAGUGUGGAGCUGGAGAUUUGGGUGCUGUGAGGUUGAAGAAAUACAAUCGGUGUUCCAGCCUGGUUUCAUUUCCAGACGGGUCCAAGUUCAGGACUGGUUACCAUUUUACUGAUCCCGUCAAGGGAGCCCCACCUCAAUUCCUUCAGAGGCUUGCUGAAUUGGCUGCUUUGGAAUGCGAAACGAUUCAUCAAGAGAAAAGCAGAAAAAUAAGGAAGACCAAGAAACAGGAGGCAUAG